AUGGAAAUUUAUAAGUGCGACUCUACUCUGGUCAUCCCUACUGCUAACAACUGCGAAAAUACUAGAAGGAAAAUUACUGUAGGGGACGUUAAUUUCUUAUUUAUUGGGUAUAAAAAGCUUAUUGAAGAUGAUAUUGCAGAAUCUUAAUAGGAUGAUAAUACUGAUAUAGUCUCCGAAAUGGCUUUUUAGAAUAAUCUCAGGCUUUUGUAAAAUGGAAUAGAGCGUUGUGCUUUAUAAUUGAUGGAUUUUUGGUCAUAAUUAGGUGAAGAUAGCCCUGAUUUGGGAAAAAUGAACGAAAUAGGGUUCAAAAUAAGCGCUUCUAUAUAAUAAGUGGAAGAAUAAUGGAAUAAAAUGAAAAAAAUAACAAACGGAAUACCCAAAGCAAUGCGUCUUUACGGCAAAUACAUGAUUGAGAUUUUAAACGACAAAGAACAAGGUGAGGAACUACUGUAAAAGGCAAGAGUAGUGCAUAAUUCGAAUAACAAUAAUCGAAAAGUAACACUAGCUGCAGUGGCUUAAGGUUUGCAGUUUGUGGGAUCUUUUAGAGUAGAAAAGGCACAUAGGAAAGUUAGUUACAUAUACACGGAUCCUUCAGGACAUGUAGAACAUGUUUCGGCUUCGGCUAUUAAUUUUCUUAAUAUUGAUAAUAAAUUUAUUACCUAAAAAGAUGUCGAUAUAGAUGAAAUUUUACCAGGGGCUUUUUCUUAAAAAGAUAAAUAUAUGACUAAGUCUGGAGAAAAUGUUAUGUAUUGUCCUCCUAAAAAAGAAAAUUAAAUUUAAAAAACUCCAAUUGAAAUGAAUUUAAUGAUAUAAGAAAUAGUAUUUAGUAUAAAUCCUUUAGCCGGCUAUAUAUUUAAACUAGAAAUAAGUUAACCAAAUAAUAAUAAUAGUAAUAUAUCAUAUAACAAUGCAUAACCUUAAAAAAAGACUAAUAAUAAUAAUGCAAUAGUUAUUAAUAAUCCCUAAUUAUUCCAAGUUUCUUUCAUUCCUAAUAAAUUUAUAUUUUACGGUUAAUUUUUCACUUCUACGCCUGAAAAAAAAGUAGACGUAAGUUUUUUAAUGCAAGACGAAAACUAAACAUACGAAAUAUAAGUCCAAAACGAAAUCUAAAUAAUAACUGAAAAAAUCGACAACUAAUAAAUCGAAAAACAGUCUUCUAAAAAAAACUACGCAAUAGGAAUUAAAAAAAUGCGUCUAUAUUAUGAUCAUAUAGCCGAAGUGGACCUAGAAGAGGAAAAAUCAGAUUCUGAAGAGGAAGAAGGUGACAUCAAGAAGAGUAUUUUCCAAAACUAAAACGAUGAAGAUGGCGAUGAUGUCAAUAUAAACGAAUUUAAUUCCUCUUUUAAAAGCCGAAGAGCCUUAAAAUCUGUCGUAAAUGACGAAAGUGAACCUUCUUCGGUGAUUAAUUUAAAAAGGGUGGUCAAUGUAUUGAUAUUGGUCCUUGUUUUAAUCGCUUUUCUAGACUUUUUUCUUUCAAAUAAUGAAUUUAAUAAUAUAUAAGCAAAUAUAGACUUAGUAAUUUCUUCUAAUAAAAUAUUAAAUGAACUAUAAUCCCUAUUAAGUUAUAUAAGAGACCUAAAAUUCAUAAAAAUGGGCAUUUUAGAGUAAAAAGAGGACUGGAAGAGUAUUAUGGAAUAAUAAAUAUCUUCAAUAUAGAAUUUAAAAAAGAGCAUAACCUUCAGUAAUUUAGGUCUAUCGAAUACACACUCAGAUUUGCUAUAUAAUGUAAAAAUUAACCUGAAAUCAAAUGCUGGGGAAGAUACUGAAUAAAGUCUUUUAGAUGCAAUUGGGGUUAUGGCUGCUUAUGCUUAAAAAAUUAUAGAACCUAAAGAUUUUAAAUAUGAGGAGUUUUAUUUUUUCGAGUACAAUAUGUUUUCUGUGUUUUAUGAAAAAUUAAUUGAAAAUUCGAAUUUAUUUAUUUUUUCUUUAUAUAAUAGAACAGACUUAAAUAAUUCCAUUUUUAUUAUUUGGAUGAUUAUUUCAGGGAUAAGUCUUUUUUUGGCUACUUUAAUUUUGAUUCCUUUAAGUAUUAUAGUAAACCAAAGUAAAUAAGAGAUCCUUUAGUUAUUCUUAGACAUAAAGGAAAAAAAAGUAAAAACACUAUAUUAGAAAUGUGAAAGUUUUGUAGCCAAUCUAUAAUUAGGUGAAGAAGAUGAUGUUGAAUCUUCAAAUGAUUUAGACAGAUAAAUUGAUGAUGAUUCUGAAUCUAAAAAUAAAAGACGGAAACAUCCUUGCGAAAUUAUAUUCGAAUAAAAAGGUGCUAAUGUAUAAUAAUGUUAAUAAUUUGCUGAAAAAUCAGUUUUUUAAGGCAUGUCAAUAGCUAUUACACGUUAUUUUGAAAAUACAAGGUAUAAUAAUUAUAUGCAUAUAAAUUCAUAUAUAUAUAUAUAUAUAAUUUUAGAAUUUAACGCCUUUAAAUACGAAAUUAUUAAAAGAAUCGGAUAUAAAAACUAAAAAAUAAAAGAUUAAUUAACUUUAUAAUUACUUUCUUUAUUAAGACUUCCCCUAGCUUAAGAAAUAAGGGAUAUGUAAAAUAUCUAUAUUAAGAUUUCUUAUAGAUAUUUGACUUAAAAAUUUAAAGAAAGUCUUGAUUUAAACUAUAUGGCUUCCAAUACUUAAAGAUUAGCAUUAUUUAUUGUUUUUAAUAUACUUAUUUUUGUCGCUUUUUUUAUGUUUUGGCUGCCUUUAGUAUCUAAAAUUACUAGAAGUAUAUGGAGAACUAGGGGAAUGCUAAUAAUGAUACCAUUUGAAGUUAUUAAAAGUACUAAAAGUAUUUAAAAGUUUAUUAGAAGAUAUUUAAACAAAUAUUCAGUAUCUAAUUAUUGA